AUGCCUCUCUUCUCCGCCCUCACAGACUUCCUCAGCGCCCUCUCCCUCACCCUCUUUAUCCUCAUUAUAGCCUACGUCGCCUUCCUCUGCUUCACCCCGCCGAUCCAAAUCCCCGAUAACCUGAACGAAACCAACCGCAACAGCUUCGCAAACAACCUCCUUGUCUACUACGGUUGCAGCGCCAUUGUCAUGCUCAUCAACAUGUACCAUGCUUUACUCUGUUUCACGUACCCGGCGCCUCCGUCAAUACUCUGCCCGAAUCCUUUCAAUCUCUCCCCCAAACUCUUCACCUGGAGCCCUCACACAAUUCUCUGCAUCGCCCUUAUCUUACUCUCGGGUCAAGUAAUGCUGCUAUGCUUCAAUCAGCUCGGCCCUAUCUCGAACUUCGGACUUACCGUGCCCAAAAAACUAAUCACAACGGGUCUAUACAGCUGGCUUCAACAUCCUUACUACGCCGCUAACUUCGUUAUAUUCCUCAGCAACAGCGCGUUAAUUCAAAGACGGGAUGGCGUGGCUGCAUGCUGGCUACCGAAAAGCAUCGUUGAUGGUGAUAAAUUUGGGAUGUUCUUCCAGAUUGGAUAUUUGUUCACGGUAGCCGUUGGAUGUUGGGCGCUGGCUAAGAGGAUCAGGAAUGAGGAAUCCAUGCUGAAGAGAACAUUUGGGACAGAGUGGGAGGAAUAUCAUAGACGGACGAAGCCAUUUCUCCCUGGUGUGAUUUGA